AUGGAAUUUCAAGAAGUUGAACCUUCUCAAAGGUACUUGAUCGAUCUCCGGGGCCAAACCCUUUCCGUGGCGCUCGUGCUUCUCACCUUCAUUUUCAGUGUCUUUUUAGCUUGUGCCCUGUUCCGUCUAGCGUGCUCUUGGGGCCGCGGUUCUGUCGUCGCAGCAACAGGCGCUACUGGUCUGACGAUGAUCGGCCAACAUGCAAUUGCAAUACCGGCAGCAGCACCGGUAGCAGUAGGCCUGGAUGCCACUACCAUUAAAAGCCUCCCAAUGUUUACACAUCGAUCGUCCGUGUAUAUUGACACCAGCAUUAAUCAUAAUAAUUUCAAACAAAGCGAAUGCUGCAUAUGUUUAGGAUUGUAUGAAGAUGAAGAUGUGGUUAAGGUUAUGCCCGACUGUCUCCAUAUUUUCCAUUCCGAUUGCGUUGACGAGUGGCUAAGGAGUCGGUCCACAUGCCCCCUUUGUCGAUCGUCUCUUGACUCCUCCACCGCUGAACCAGUCGUGCCAUGA